AUGUUUUCAUAUGUUUCCCGGAUGUCGGCCAGAGAACAAAAACAUGUCGACUUACUUCUGAAGGAAUUGACAUCGGCGCCGGUUGUGGCUGCACACCGUGACCCUCCUCCGUUGUCUCAAAUCAAUCGACGUCCUUUGCAUGAGCCCUUUAAAUUUCCCUCAGCGCGUGCGGGUGCACACCCCGCUCCAUUCUUUGGGCCCCAGUCUCAGACUUUGGCCUCGACGUCAUCUUCGACGAAUACAUUCUCCAGCGGGACGGCGCCGAUGCCUAUGGCUGGUGCACAUCAGCCUAUGCAAUGGCCUGAGUCCCCCGUCUCAACAGGAUUCAAGUUCUCGACAAAUUCAUUCUUCGGAACGGCAUCGAUGGCUGGUGCACAUCAGCCCAGUAUUCCGUUGCCUUCAACCCCCACUCGCCCCGCAAAUAACGACGCGACACCGAUGGCCGGUGCACAUCAGCCUAUACAAUGGCCUGAGACCCCCGUCUCAACGGGAUUCAAGUUCUCGACAAAUUCAUUCUUCGGAACGGCAUCGAUGGCUGGUGCACAUCAGCCUAGUAUUCCGUUGCCUUCAACCCCCACUCGCCCCGCAAACAACCAAGCGACACCGUUCGCUGGUGCCCAUCAGCCUAUGGUAGCGCCUCCCCCUCAAACCGUGUUCGCUGGCUUCACCGUCGUAAAGCCCUCUGCGUUCGAUCUUGCGGGGCUUUGCAACAAUCAAUGGGCAGUGUCAGCGGAGCCGGGAGCUUGGCACGAGGAAGUGGCAAGGCGGCGAUCGGCGAGGAAUUCUAGCUUCUUUCCACGUACCCCGGAGCCGGGACUAUGGCAGCGUGAGUUGGAGCGGCAACGACUUGAGAGAGAACGACCCGCCAGGGAGGCCGAGGCAAGGCGACGGAAGCGCGAAUCUAUUGCGGUCCAGGAGCCAAGGAGAGGACAGUCCGCCGCGGCCCGGGACCUUGAACUGCAGGCGCAAAUGAUUGCUGCAGAGCGACGGAUCAUGGAAAAGCGUGAAGCCAAGCGAAUGCGGAGAGCGAGGCGGGAGGCGAGGGAGUUUGAGGAGCUUCGUCAUUGGUAUGAUGAAUUUGUGAACGAGCCUAUGAACAUGGACUAG